AUGUUGGUGAUACCCCCCGGACUGAGCGAGGAGGAGGAGGCUCUGCAGAAGAAAUUCAACAAACUCAAGAAAAAGAAAAAGGCAUUGCUGGCUCUGAAGAAGCAAAGUAGCAGCAGCACAGCCAGCCAAGGCGGUGUCAAACGCUCACUGUCAGAGCAGCCUGUGGUGGACACGGCCACAGCAACAGAGCAGGCAAAGCAGCUAGUGAAGUCAGGAGCCAUCAGUGCCAUCAAGGCCGAGACCAAGAACUCAGGCUUCAAGCGUUCUCGGACCCUAGAGGGGAAGUUAAAGGACCCUGAGAAGGGGCCGGUUCCCACUUUCCAACCGUUCCAGAGGAGCGUAUCUGCUGACGACGACCUGCAGGAGUCGUCCAGACGUCCACAAAGGAAAUCUCUGUAUGAGAGCUUCGUGUCUUCCAGUGAUCGGCUUCGGGAACUGGGGCCAGAUGGGGAAGAGGCAGAGGGCCCAGGAGCUGGUGAUGGCCCACCUCGAAGCUUUGACUGGGGCUACGAAGAACAUGGUGGUGCCCGUUCCUCAGCCUCCCCUCCCCGAAGCCGCAGCCGGGACCGCAGUCGUGAACGGAACCGAGACAGAGACCGAGAUCGGGAUCGAGAGCGAGAGCGGGACAGGGACCGAGACCGUGAUCGAGAGCGGGACAGGGACCGAGAGCGGGACAGGGACCGAGACCGGGACCGGGAGCGAGACCGAGAGGGCCCUUUCCGCAGAUCAGACUCGUUCCCUGAACGCCGGGCCCCUCGGAAGGGAAACACUCUCUAUGUGUAUGGAGAAGACAUGACACCCACCCUCCUCCGUGGGGCCUUCUCUCCCUUUGGAAACAUCAUUGACCUCUCCAUGGACCCACCCAGAAACUGUGCCUUCGUCACCUAUGAAAAGAUGGAGUCAGCAGAUCAGGCCGUUGCUGAGCUCAACGGGACCCAAGUGGAGUCUGUACAGCUCAAAGUCAGCAUUGCCCGAAAACAGCCCAUGCUGGAUGCCGCCACGGGCAAGUCUGUCUGGGGCUCCCUGGCUGUCCAGAAUAGCCCUAAGGGCUGCCACCGGGACAAGAGGACUCAGAUUGUCUACAGCGACGAUGUCUACAAGGAAAACCUUGUGGACGGCUUCUAG